GUAAUCAUUACGGUGUUUGUUCUAGUUUUGCAGCUUUAUAGUGAAUUUAUGUAUAUUAAAUUAUUCAAUAUCUAGUUGUUAACGAAGAAACAUUGUUUAUUUGCAGUGCUGUAUCCAAUUAAAGCUUUCGAUUGUGACGUGACUAUAUUUAAGGAAAUAAAAAAAUGAUUGCGAAACUGGUUGUCGCUAGCCUGCUCAUUGGAGUGUGUGGAGCUACCAGCUAUCGAUGGCCUGAGACUGGAGAACCCUGUGUCAUGAUUGAUUUUGAUUCACUCAACAGACUUUGGUGGGAGGACACGAACAGGACUAUUCAUAAACUCAGUGAUUGGAUGUUUGACAACACAACAGAGAUUAAUGGUAGCUGUGGUGAAAAUGCUUAUCUCACCAUUAAAUGGUCGGUGGAUAACGCCACCUAUAAUUGGACAUUCAUUCAGACAGACAGCGGAGUGGACGUACAGAUGGCUCUAGCAUUUGAACCUAGAAUUGUAUUUAAUGAAAGCACAAGCAAUGAGACAGUUGUGAUGUCGAUGACAAUGAGGACAAACAUGGGGAUGAACACUUCAUACAGGUGUGACGACACUCGCCGCUACAAAGCCAUGGUCUCUGAUGCUACAGGCAGAUAUUUCCUGGCCAUGCACUUCAGGAAUGUUAGGAUGCAGGCCUUUGGGCUUCAGAACGGCACAUACUCUACCAAUGUGAGUCGUUGUGAGGAUGUUCCUGCCCCAAACCAGCACCCCAAGGGCACAUGGAGAGUAACAGAAGACAACAAAACCUGCAUCCUGCUCACAGCACAGAUCAUGCUCUCUCUGCCUUAUGACAAGCUGGGAGCACAGGGCAAGACUAUGUCCCAGAUUGGUAUUCAGAGCCCAGUGGUCAGUGGCAGCUGUGCUCAGAACAGCAGCUUCAUCCAGCUCUUAGACUCUGACAGCUCCCUCAACAUCACAAUCACUUUCUCUCAGAAAGACAACAAAGUCAACUGGGAGAAUGUGGAGAUCAGAGCAGCAUUGGAUGAUGAUAGGAUCUUCCCAGAUGCUGCCAAUCCGUUUGGUACGUUCAGUUCCCUCAACAACAGCAUGGGUACCAACCUGCAGACCACAGUGAGUGGCUCCUACCUUUGUAACUCAGACACCAAGUUCACACUGAACGACGGCGCAACUCUUGAGCUGUGGACCUUGCAGUAUGCAGCCUUCCAAGACAAUAUCUCACAGUUCAGCAAAGACGGUGUUAACGUGUGCAAAGCUGAUGUGAAGACAAACAGCAUUGUACCAAUAGCAGUGGGAGCCGCCCUGGCUGGCCUGGUUGUCAUAGUGCUCAUUGCCUACCUAAUUGGUCGCCGUAGAAACAGGAAGGGAUACGAGUCUGUGUAGGUUGCCACCAACGCAUUGCAACAGAAAGAACAAAAAUGAUGAAGAUAUAGCCAUCUUUCUAUCUACAUGGCAAUGAAUCUCAAAUAUUGUUUAUAUUUGUGAAUUUUUGAAAUUAUGUUGAACAAUUUUUGGGUAUUUUAUGGUAUUUUUUUUUAAUAAAAGCACCUUACAUUGAAUGUCAAUUGUUCACUGUUGAAGUAUAGUUAACAUUUGAUUUUUUUAGUAAAAUAGCCCAUCCUUAUCAAAAAAGCGUUAUGAGGUGUAUCAAUUAUAUUCACAGAGUAAAUGCAAAAACAAUAAUGCAACUUGAAAUGCAAAAACAUGAGAAUAUGGCAAUUUUAGUACAGUACUACAUUGAUUCUGUUCUCCAAAAUAAAAAAGAUUGUUACAGUCUUCUACAGGUUACAUUAUACUAUGUGUCUGCAAUUGUCCUGAAAGGUACAUUCCAUUGAUUUCAUGGCAGAGCAUGAAUACACUUAAACAAUAGAUUAAAACUUUAUUGUAAUUUUUAUUUCUCAACCUGUUUACAAACUGUGCUGAAAGCUAUUUUUGUAAACAAGGUCACAACUGUCAGCAUAUUUUAUAGUGAUAGUGUCUCGUAAAAUUCUACUUUGUAAUUAACAUUUUGUAUCAGAAGGCAAACUAAAAAUAUGUGUGGGGUUGUUGAUUAUAUGUUUAUGUUCAAUUUCCUUUGUCCAUUUGUAUCAUUAUGAAAGGUAGUAAAUUAACUUUGCAUUUGCACUUAUAUAAAUUGAAGGUGUUUAUUAAAAUAUCUUGUUUUAAUGUUUCACAAUGCUUUGUAGGGAAAAAGCAAUACCCUCAAAUGGUAAAGCAACUCAAAUAACUCUGGUAAUGUUAACUUUUUUUGAACUCGUUCCAAAUAUAAGCAAAACUAAUAAUGUUCUUCAAAUUUCGUGAAAUCGUGUCAUUCUUUUGAAAUAUAAGUACAGUAAACAGUUUCCAGUUUUACUCAUUUGAAAUAUGAAUUAACAGGCAUAUACACAGUAAAACAUGGAUUGUGGGUUGAACAUAGACAUUGAUUCACUGUGCCACUUAUGAAGAUACAUAUGAUCAGAUAUACAUGUUAGUCUUUUGUGUAUAACAAAUAUCAAGGACAAUAGUAGUGUCACUGUUUAAUCAUGUGACUGGCUGAACUUGUGGAACAUACAUGUAUACACUCUCCAAAUAUGGACUCACCCCAGCAAUCUCUAUGUAUGUACAUGGUACAAAUGCACGGGCAGCAUGCACAUACAUGCAUAUUUUGAUAAAUGUUAUGGUUGUAAACUUCACAGUUAAGAUGUUUAGAGAUAUAGCAUAGUGAUCGAAGUUGUUAGUGCUAUUGUAGUGGUGAAAGCUCUGUUGAUGUUAUUCAGCACUCUGGUGUAGUUACUGUGUGUGAUCUUGUUGGGUCAGGGUUCAUAGUCUGAAAUUUAAAGUAAUUGUCAACACAUUCAAAAUAUUUCUAUUGCAAAACAGUAUUUUGCAUUUUAAAAUAAAAGAAAGCAUGACCCAAAAUAUUUCGAUUGCAAAACAAUAUUUUGUAUUUUAAAAUAAAAGAAAUCAUGACCCAUGAAAUGUAAAGAAAAUAAAUAUAUUUUGAAAAAUACUGCAAUCGAAAAAAGUGCUAUAUGAAUUAUUUGUAUGUUUGUACUAUUGCUCCAGGCAUAUUGGUGAGAUUGAUUUGUUCAAUUAUGUUGUUUUUAUGUCACAUAUGAUAUUUGUUGAUUUUUUUUUUCGAGUGCUUUGAAGCAUAAUAUUCAAUUUUGGGUUGUAUGUGAUGUAUUCUGACAGUGAACCACAAUAAUUGAUUUGAUUCUUUGAUUAAUGGUAUGAUUGAUGAUUUAAUUAUUGAUUGAUUGAUCAAUUGUAGACUACUUAUUAUUAGACCAGUUCUGUGUUAUUGUUUACAAUCAAGAUUUACAGUGCCUGCAUACUGACUGGUUGGAAAAAGCAUAGGUAACAGUAACGUACAACAUGUGCAUGUUCAGUCAAUCAAUCAAUAAGUAGUAAAAAAAUAACAUAAAAACAUUUGAAUAAUACAUUAAAUGUAGAAUGUUUAGUACUAAUACCUCAUAUUAUUAAAUGUGAUUUCAUUUAUAUUAAAUAUAAUUCGUCAUAAGCAUCAGAGAAAAGUUAUUCUCAACAGAGUUAAAUUUAUUAGCAGGCUAUUUCUUGUACAAAGCUUACAUUUAAUUAAAUAACAAAAACAUAGCAUUAACCCGUUUCUGUAAAACUAAUUAAAGAAUGUGUAUCAUACAUUGAUUGUUUUUAAAAAAGGUAUGCUGAUUUUUUUCUUGAAUUGAUGUGUCCAAAUAUAAGCCUACAUGUAUUUUGUCUGAAACAUGUGACAAAUAUUUUUGUUUGGGUAAUCUCCCUUUAAUUUGUUCGUUUGAACUGUUUAACCAUGGUUUGUGUUUUGAUUUUUGGUCAUGAAUUGUUUGACUCAGUUUUUAAAAUCUUGAUUUCAUUUAGAUGUAUGUAUACAUGUUCGUAAAAUUUGUAUUGUAUCACAUUGUGAAAAAUUUCAUAAAAAAGAAAACUUAAAUUCAGUCAAAUAUUUAAUGCGUGAGAUAAAAAUACAACAUUAUCAGAACACUAAUUCUGCACUUUCCUAGAAUAUAUAGCAACCAUUAAAUAAGUGUCAGAACACUAAUUCUGCACUAUCCUAGAAUAUAUAGCAACCAUUAAAUAAGUGAUAUUUUUUGUACAGUAAAAUGUUAUGGUUUACAUGUUAGAAUAAGUAACUUUUCACAACAAGAGUAGUCUCCCUCUAAACGCAAAUUCACUCAAUGCGAUAAUUAUAUGGGUGAUAUUAGAGAACCUUACGCAAAUAAUUAUAUGGGUGAUAUUAGAGAACCUUACGCAUUCCUAUUACACAGAAAACUCGUGCUCAUUAUAUUCCUAUCAAACUUGAAAGAAUGACUUGGUAUUGUGUAAACCCAGAUCUAAUAUUGUAGAUGUGCUCUCACAUACGCUUUGAUUCUUUAUAUUUGAAUAUAUAUAUAUUUUACUG